AGGAGGUGUGGUAACUGAUGGACGUGCGAAACGGUUUGACAACCGCGUCGUGACAGAAGAACAAACGCUCAUGGAAAAGUCGGCAACAAUCGUCUCUCUUCUUCUUCUUCUUCUCAUUCCUUGGGGUUUCCGUACAUAUUCUUUUUCCGAAUCCUAUCUUCUAGGGUUUAACAUUCUCCCUCUUUUCUCCCCCAUCUUUUCCAAAUUCCUCUCUGCUUCUUUCUUUUUCAAUCACCAUCGCCUUUGCUAGAAGGUGCUUCUCGAGAAUUUUCCGUGUUCAAUGAAGAAAUCUUGUUUUUGUUCGAUUCAAUUUUGCGCGAGUUUGAUUUCAGGCUGAAUUUGAAUUUGAUCGGUGAAAUUCGUUUGCAGAUCUGUAAAUAACCGUUUGUAUGAAACGGAAUCCGUACAGUUUUGUUGGAGAGGAUUAUUUCUUUAGAGGUUUAUUAUUUGCGUAAGCGUUCAUACGUUUGCUGGAGAUUGAGAUGGCGUUUCUGGAGUUGAAUGAAGAAAUCUGGUUUUUGUUCGACUAAUUUUGGCGUAUGCUGUGGUGUCAUUCCAGAUAUAUGUAUCGUUGUUUCGCGAAUUUGAUAUCAGUUGAAUCUAAAUUUGAUCAAGUGAAAUUCGUUUUCAGAGGAUUUAUGCGUUUGCUAGAGAUCGAGAAGGUGUUUUGGAGAAUUUCGGAGUUGAAUGAAGAAAUCUGUUUGUCCGAUUCAAUUCGAAGUUGCGCGUUUCAGGUUGAAUGUGAAUUUGACGAGGUGAAACGGAAUCGGUUCGAUUUGGUUGGAAUUGUUAUAUGUGUAAUGUGUCAUGCAUUUAAUUUAGGUUUUGAUGGUGGAAUAUUUAAGAGGUUGAUGAAGAGGAAAGAAUAAAGAGCAUUGACAAGAUUGUUUAUUUGUCUCUGGUCCCCUGCUUUAAGUUUGGCAGAAAUACCAGUUGGUGGGACCUAGGGUUAGAGAUUAUUAACUCCUUCCUGACCUUUUUUUAAUUAUUUAGAAGUUAAAUUGCUCCGUUUUCGAGCUUGAAUUCGAGGAAUUAAGCUCUUGUACAAAAUCGAUCGUGGCGUGGUGAUUACAGGUUUAUGGAUUCAGCUGAAAAAUCUGCAAAUAAAAUUAGUAGUAUGGGAUCUGGUAGCAUUGAUCAGGUUGAUGAUGAUGAUUCGCCAUAUGCUCGUAAAGAUAAUAAAGGUCUCAAGUCAUCAAUUUCUCAUCAAGAUUCGGAUUUACAUUCGAGAGGCUGGGAUGAUGUCUCUGUCUAUAAUGCCAAGAAGAAGAAUUAUGCUUGGUUUCAAGCCCCUGAUGGAAAGUGGGAACUGGCAAAGAUUAUAUCUGUAACAGGCACUGAAUCACUCAUUGCAUUUUCUGAAACAAAAGUAUUAAAGGUGCAAUCUGAUUGUCUGUUACCUGCCAAUCCAGAAAUCCUUGACGGGAUAGACGAUCUAAUUCAAUUAAGUUAUUUGAGCGAACCAUCAGUCUUGUACAACCUUCAAUAUAGAUAUGAACGAGACAUGAUUUAUUCAAAAGCGGGACCUGUGUUAGUUGCCAUCAACCCUUUUAAAACGAUUCCAUUGUAUGGAGAUGACUACAUGCAUGCCUAUAAGAGGAAAAAGAUUGAUAGCCCUCACGUAUACGCCAUUGCUGAUACAGCUAUCCGGGAAAUGAUUAGAGAUGAAGUAAACCAAUCGAUUGUGAUAAAUGGUGAAAGCGGAGCUGGGAAAACUGAAACAGCAAAGAUAGCAAUGCAAUACUUAGCUGCAGUUAGAGGGGGUAGUGGAAUAGAGUACGAGAUACUGAAAACGAAUCCAAUUUUGGAAGGAUUCGGGAAUGCAAAAACAUCGAGAAAUGACAACUCGAGUCGUUUUGGAAAGCUAAUUGAAAUACACUUUAGUGAAAUCGGAAGAAUAGCAGGUGCCAGUAUUCAAACAUUUCUUCUUGAAAAGUCAAGAGUUGUUCAGUGCACAGAAGGUGAAAGGUCAUAUCAUUCGUUUUAUCAGCUUUGUGCAGGAGCUCCACCUUCUCUUAGAGAGAAACUAAACUUGAAGAGUGCGCAUGAGUACAAAUAUUUGCAGCAAAGCAAUUGCUAUAAUAUUUCCGGGGUAAAUGAUGCUGAAGAAUUUCGUAUCGUAGUGGAAGCUCUGGAUAUUGUUCAUGUUAGCAAAGAGGACCAAGAAAAUGUUUUUUCAAUGCUUGCAGCAGUGUUAUGGCUCGGAAAUGUAACAUUUCAAGCUGUUGACGACAACAAUCAUGUGGAACCUAUGAUUGAUGAAGCUCUUCUAACUGUUGCUAAAUUGCUUGGGUGUGAGGCUGAGAAUCUACAGACCGCUUUAUCCACUCGGAAAAUGACUGUUAUGAAUGAAAACAUAAUCAAAAGGCUAAAUCUAACUCAGGCAAUGGAUUCACGCGACGCGUUGGCAAAAUCAAUAUAUUCUUGUCUGUUUGAUUGGUUGGUGGAACAGAUCAACAAAUCACUUUCUGCGGGGAAACGUCUGUCUGGAAGAUCCAUCAGCAUUCUUGAUAUUUACGGAUUCGAAUCAUUUGACGUAAAUAGUUUAGAGCAGUUCUGCAUUAAUUAUGCAAAUGAGAGAUUACAGCAACACUUUAAUCAUCAUUUAUUCAAGCUAGAACAGGAGGAAUAUAUCCAAGAUGGCAUUGACUGGGCAAAGGUUGACUUUGAGGACAAUCAAGCUUGUCUCAGUCUUUUUGAGAAGAAACCAUUAGGAUUACUAUCCCUAUUAGAUGAAGAAACCACAUUUCCAAACGCGACAGAUAUGUCAUUUGCCAACAAGCUAAAGCAACACUUGAGUGAUAAUCCGUGUUUUAGAGGAGAACGAGGCAAAGCGUUCACGGUUCAUCAUUAUGCUGGGGAAGUAAAAUAUGACACAACCGGGUUUUUGGAGAAAAACCGCGAUUUAUUGCAUUCGGUUGCCAUUCAACUUCUGUCUUCUUGCACAUGCAAACUUCCUCAGAUUUUUGCUUCCAGUAUGCUUUCUUUGACUGAGAAGCCUGCAGUUGGUUCACUAAAUAAAUCAGGUGGCGCAGAUUCCCAGAAGCUUAGUGUCACGUUAAAGUUUAAGGGCCAAUUAUUCCAACUAAUGCAACGUUUGGGGAACACAAGGUCACAUUUCAUACGUUGCAUUAAGCCCAAUGACUCACACGCGUCUGGAAUUUAUGAUCAACAACUUGUACUUCAGCAGCUAAAAUGUUGUGGUGUUUUAGAAGUCGUUCGAAUAUCAAGAUCUGGAUUUCCAACAAGAAUGACCCAUCAAAAAUUCGCAAGAAGGUAUGGUUUUCUUCUUCUCGACCAUGUUGCAUCACAAGAUCCACUAAGUGCAUCUGUUGCCAUCCUUCAACAAUUCAAUAUUCUUCCCGAAAUGUAUCAAGUUGGCUAUACAAAGUUGUUCUUUCGAACCGGACAGAUUGGUAAGCUUGAAGAUACACGAAAUCGUACUCUGAAUGGCAUAUUACGCGUUCAAAGCUGCUUUAGAGGUCACAAAGCGCGUCUGAUUCUGAGAGAAAUGAAACGAAGAAUUUUCACUCUUCAAUCAUUUGUUCGAGGGCAAAAAGAUAGAAAGGAGUUUGCAAUCUUACUACACAGACAUAGAGCAGCAGCGCGUAUACAAAAGCGGAUUAAGGCAAUCAAUGUUAGGAAAGACUACAAGAAACUUUAUGAUGCAUCAGAUGUCAUACAAGCAGUUAUUCGCGGAUGGCUUGUCCGAAAAAGUACAGAGGGCACUUGCCUGCAACGAUUUAAGGGUAACAAGGACGAUGUGCUGGUGAACAAAACGUAUCUGGCGGACCUACAACGACGAGUUCUUAAAGCUGAGAUUGGUUUACGCGAAAAAGAAGAAGAAAAGGAAAUGAUCCAGCAACGCAUCCAACAAUACGAAACCCGUUGGUCUGACUACGAGCAGAAAAUGAAAUCCAUGGAAGAACUAUGGCAGAAACAGAUGAACUCACUUCAAUCUAGCCUAACUUUAGCAAAACAGAACCUAACAGUAGACGAUUUUUCUGAUCCUUCGGUCAACCUAACCAGCGCGAAUAACUUCAGCCGAAGAAACUCAAACGAUGCAGCAGGGGCCAGUAGCAAUGAAAUGAGCGCUGGACUGAGUUUGAUCAGCCGGUUAGCCGAGGAGUUUGAGCAGAGAAGCCAUGUGUUUGGAGAUGAUGCACAGUUUCUGGUGGAGGUUAAGUCGGGUCAAGCGGAGGCAAGUUUGAACCCGGAAGAAGAACUUGGGAGGUUGAAACAGAGUUUUGAAGGGUGGAAGAAGGAUUUUGGCGCCAGAUUGAGGGAGACAAAGGUAAUUUUGAACAAACUAAGUAGUGAAGAAGGGAGUAGUGGUCGUGGUGGUGAAAAGGUUAAAAAGAAUUGGUGGGGGAGGCUUAACAGCUCAAGGGUUAAUUGAGUUUCUUAUAUUAGCAUUCAUGUGGGUUUCAUUGAUUUCGAAAUCCCUAUAUAAGUUUUUUAUGUUUGUUUCUGUCAUUAGUAAAAAUAAAGGAAAAUAUAUGUUACAUGUAUCUAUAAUUCAAUUGGAUUGGAUCGUCUCUAGAACCUAAAAACGGAUUGUAAAAUUAAGCCCUUAUUGUUUAUCUAAUGACUCUAACAUGAAGGAA